CUACACAUGCAUGCACACUGCAUGGCCCACAUCCUUGUGCAGCCCAUGCAUAGAGCUACACUGAGUUAUAAUUAAAACCUGAGACUGUGCCUUUUUGAGAGAAGUAAAGAGCUACAAAACAAUGGCUACCCAAAUACAGCUUCCCCCUGGUCAUCACACAAUAAUGGGCACUGACAUCAGACUUCAAAAUUCACAGGUGAUUAAGAGAGGGGAUAGUGACACACCAUACUUCAAACUAUGGGUGAAUUCGAAGGCAUUCCAGGCUGAUCAGUUGGUCUAUAUCGACACCAGUGAGCAACGAAUGCUGUACAAUCCUAUUACCUAUUCUGGCAGCUACAAGACCAACUUGUCCAUUGUUAUGGUAAUGAAAAGGGAGCAGUCGGGUGUCUACACCCUCUCUAGUGUCGUACUGCCCAACAACGACCUCAUGCCUACAGGGAGUAUUAAAAGCACACCUGUGUCCACUAUCUACGAUGCAAAUUUCCAAAUGGGUGCUAGUACCAAAUUCACUUUCAUUCAUCGCCUCAUUGACACCAAAACCUUUGCAAUCUACACUGAAAUUGACGACGACCCUAAACAAAGAGCGUACCUACUACCGCAAGUUGACGACACACAAACAGGCCAGAGACAAUACGUAAUUCGAGCUGUGCAGACAAAGGAUCAAGACCCGAAAGGAAAGUACUUAUUCAGUACUAGCGUUUGUAAGUUUCCAGGACUCGGAUGAGACGCACCAUUCUUUGACUGAAAGUACUAUAUAGAGUUCAUAUUGCUGUUUUUGUACAAAGAAUACAAUAUCAGUUAAGACUUGUACUUACAUGAUAACAUUUAUAGCUCCAAAUGUUCCAUUAUCUGUAAAAAUCAGUAGCUAUAGAUCUAAGUGAGUUUCUAUAUUCUGAAAUGGGCCUUUGUUCUUAGACAUCUAAAUGUGAUAAUAAUG